CGGCGCAGCGCUUUGGGCGUUUUUCCGACAAGAUGUCUCACCUGCCGAUGAAACUCCUGCGCAAAAAGAUCGAGAAGCGGAACCUCAAACUGCGACAGCGGAAUCUAAAGCUCAGGGGAGCCUCAGAUGUGAGCCUGUCUGAAACUCAGAAUGGUGGUGUGUCUGAAGAAACAAUGGGGGGAGGAAAGGUUAAAAAAUCUCUAAAACAUUCUAUUAAUGAGGGCUUAUCAGAAGCCCAAAAUGAAGACAUGUCUAAAGAAACAGUGGAAAAUGUAAAACUUAAAAAAUCCCCUCAGAAAUCUAUUGUAUUGACCAAUGGAGAAGCAGCAAUGCAGUCUCCUAAUUCAGAAUCAAAGAAGAAAAAGAAGAAGAAAAAGAGAAAAAUGGUGAAUGAUGCUGUGCCUGAUACCAAAAAGGCAAAAACUGAAGACAAAGGGGAGUUUGAAGAAGAAAAUGCCAACACUCCUGUGGAAACUGAAAACAAUGUAGAAAAGCCAGAUAAUGAAGAAGACAGUGAAGUGCCCAGCCUACCCCUGGGACUGACAGGAGCUUUUGAGGAUACUUCAUUUACUUCCCUAACUGAUCUUGUCAAUGAAAACACUCUGAAGGCAAUACAAGAAAUGGGCUUUACAAACAUGACUGAAAUUCAGCAUAAAAGUGUCAGACCACUUUUGGAAGGCAGGGAUCUUCUAGCAGCUGCAAAAACAGGCAGUGGCAAAACUCUCGCUUUUCUCAUCCCAGCGGUUGAACUCAUUGUUAAAUUAAGGUUCAUGCCCAGGAAUGGAACAGGGGUCCUUAUUCUCUCACCUACUAGAGAACUGGCCAUGCAGACUUUUGGUGUUCUUAAGGAGCUAAUGACUCACCAUGUGCACACAUACGGGUUGAUAAUGGGUGGCAGUAACAGAUCUGCUGAAGCACAGAAACUUGCUAAUGGGAUCAACAUCAUUGUAGCCACUCCAGGCCGACUCUUGGACCACAUGCAGAAUACCCCAGGGUUUAUGUAUAAAAACCUACAGUGUCUGGUCAUUGAUGAGGCUGAUCGUAUUUUGGACGUUGGAUUUGAAGAGGAAUUAAAGCAAAUUAUUAAACUUUUACCAACACGCAGACAGACGAUGCUUUUUUCUGCCACACAAACUCGAAAAGUUGAAGACCUGGCAAGGAUUUCCCUGAAGAAGGAGCCAUUGUAUGUUGGUGUUGAUGAUGACAAAGCUAAUGCAACAGUGGAUGGUCUUGAGCAGGGAUACGUUGUUUGUCCAUCUGAAAAGAGAUUCCUUCUACUCUUUACAUUCCUUAAGAAGAACAGAAAGAAGAAACUGAUGGUCUUCUUUUCAUCUUGUAAGUCGGUGAAAUACCACUACGAGUUGCUGAACUACAUUGAUUUGCCUGUCUUGGCCAUUCAUGGAAGGCAGAAGCAAAAUAAACGUACAACCACAUUCUUCCAGUUCUGCAAUGCAGAUACAGGAAUAUUGUUGUGUACAGAUGUGGCAGCUAGAGGGCUGGAUAUUCCUGAAGUUGACUGGAUUGUUCAGUAUGACCCCCCUGAUGACCCUAAGGAAUAUAUUCAUCGUGUCGGCAGAACAGCCAGAGGCCUAAAUGGAAGAGGCCAUGCCUUGCUCAUUUUGCGCCCAGAAGAGUUGGGCUUCCUUCGGUACUUGAAGCAAUCCAAGGUUCCAUUAAGUGAAUUUGACUUUUCCUGGUCUAAAAUUUCUGACAUUCAAUCUCAGCUUGAAAAAUUGAUUGAAAAGAACUACUUUCUUCACAAGUCAGCCCAGGAAGCAUAUAAGUCAUACAUACGAGCCUAUGAUUCCCAUUCUCUGAAACAGAUUUUUAAUGUUAAUAACUUAAAUUUGCCUCAGGUUGCUUUGUCAUUUGGUUUCAAGGUGCCUCCUUUUGUUGAUCUGAACGUGAACAGCAAUGAUGGCAAGCUCAAAAAAAGAGGAGGUGGCGGUGGGUUUGGCUACCAGAAAACCAAGAAAGUUGAGAAGUCCAAAAUCUUCAAGCACAUCAGCAAGAAAUCAUCUGACACCAGGCAGUUUUCCCACUGAAGACAUACCGUCCUUUCAUUUUGAAUAACUUUGCCUUGGAAAAAAACUCUUGUUAGGGAUCUUGGAGCCUUUAGAAUUUGGACUGAUGUAACAAGAGUAUGUAUUGUCUUGGGUUGCAAGCAUUGAGCACUGUUACUUCCAUUAAGUCUCUUUUAUUUUGGAAAUUUAAAACAGGCUUUAAUUUCUCUUGAUUGCUCAAGGGCAAAGUAAGGUUUCUAUUGUGAUGAUACAAUAUUUUAAUUUUACAUACUCUCCCCUCACAAAAAUGUAUGUCCUUGUUUUAAUAUAAUCCUUACAUACCUUUCCUUCCUGGUAUGUGAAGAUUUCUGUGGUGUGGAUUGCUAUAUUAUUCCUGUAAAGCGUGGCCUAGUAUACUGGGCAGGUGGUGGUAAUACAGAAAACAGUCUCAGGUUACUUUUUGUUUUUAGUUGUUUCUUAGACCGUGGCACUUCUCUUGACACCUCCUGAAAAUGUUGCAGUACAGAAGGCCAAAAAGCUUUGGGAAAUGCCUGAGAAACAAGCAUCUCAGGAUAAAGGUGGUAUCACUUUUAUGUAUUCUUAAUUUUAAAACAGAGCUUUUUUUAAAGAGCAAGUACUAUGGAUUAUUUGUUAUUGUUAUUUGGAUAAUGUGUCCCAGCAGUCAGCAUUUGGCAGGAGAGGUGUGGAGAAGGCAGAGGGUGGUAUUGAGAUUUUUGAGCUCAUUUAUACCAAUACACUGCAAUUCUUUAUUUGGUAACUUAGCAAAGACUCUUAAAAAACAAAGAGUGGUGAUACUCCUCAUUCCAAUUUAUUUCAAGGUGGUUUGGGUCUUAGCAAGCCCUUUCAACUUUGCAGAGUACUCAGAAGACACGACCAAACUGUCAGACAUAAAACCAAACCAUCAGGCAGUGCCCAGCAUGCAUUAAUGAGAACUUUGUGAGGAAAAUUACCUCUUCCAGAUCCAUGAAAGAAAAAAAUAGAUAUGCAGUGAAAAUUGAACAGAAGUCAGAAAAACACAGCAAAGUCAGUUGUCUAGUUACUUGGGUUUUUUUGUUAUAAAAGCACUUGAUUUCUAGUGUGUUUUGUGUAGUACAUAACUACAAAAUAGUUACAUUUCGUAGCAAUUUAGAACCAAAGUUGCUAGCAUCAUCUUGCUGCUGUGCCAAUUCACAUUCAUAGAAGCCCAUUAAAUGUAAGUACAUUGAGAACAUCAGAUGUGGAGGAAACAGUCGAACAAGUAACAUUCCAGUAAAAAAAGGAAAGAACAACACGCUGCCUCUGGACUUGACCACUGUCACCCUGGCUGGACCUGUCCUGGGUUUCAGCCCUUAACUGCUAACUCCUGGUUUGGUUUCUUGUAUUCCUAACUCCUGGUAUUUGUUAACUGACUUUCUCUGGGAUCUGGUUUUUCUUUUUUGUUUAUAAAUAAUCAUGUUUUUAAACUACACAAAGACAACGGGAAGAAUAUUUAACCACUUAACAGACGUAAAUACUAUUGAUAUUUUGGUAUCUAACUUUCCACGUUUUUACAAGCAUGUUCAUACUUUUUAAUUUUUUAUCAAAAAUGAAAUCGUCCUCUAUCUACUACUUGUAGCCAGUUUCAUAGCAUGUUAUUUUUCUGUGUCAUUAAAUAAUUAUAUCAGUAUUUUA